GGGCAUUUUCUUUUUCAAAACUCGCUCCAGUUUCACGGGAAAAAAGAAGCCAGAAAGUUGAUUCGAAGCGCAGAGAGGCGAAUCAGAGAAGGAAAGCACGAGAGGAGAUAGGUAUGCUCGGAGGUAGUACAUUCGCCAAAACAAUAUGCACGAUCUGCUACGAAGAUCUCAAGCCAAUCGUCGAAGACCUCCAAUCCAUCUCCGUCUGCGGCCAUGUCUUCCACGAACUCUGUUUGCAACAGUGGUUCGAGUACUGCGCGAAUAAGAAGAAGAACAGCUGUCCUGUGUGCAAGCAGACUUGUUCUUUAAAUGGUGUUAAUCGGCUUUACUUUCAGUCAAUCGGCGAUGCGAGCGAUCCGACCGUAUCUCAGAAACCGCUUAAUAUCGAGGAAGAUCCAGGGGCAUUACGUAGAGAGGUCAAGAGAUUGGAGGUAAAGGUAGCGGGUCUCACUUCCGUUUGGGAACGGAACCAGAAGGAUCUCAAAGAGCUCAAUGAGGAGCUGUGCCUUUGCAAGGAGCAAUUUAAGGAGGAGGCAGCGCUGAAGAAUGAAACCUUGAAACAGAAAGCGUUCAUUCAACAGUUGCUUUAUUCAAAAUCUCAGGAUCUGGAUAAAUCAAACCUGGAGUGUUCAAGACUGCAGGAGAGAAACAUGGCCUUGGCUAAAGAGCUUGCAGCACUUAAAUUGGUAUCUGAUCUGAGCCUGGAUGAAGAAGGGGUUUUGAAGCUGGCUUCUUUUGGUAAUGAGGCUAAUAACAAGGAUACAAUAGACAUUCUAAAGAGGUCACUGGUCAUUCGUAACAAGAGUUACAAAGAAUUGAUGGCAAAAUGCAAUCUUCUAGGAAGAGGAGAGGCUCGCUCUGUUAGAAAACUUGAGAAGGCUAAAGGGAAGAUACAAAAACUAAAGACAAGGGUUCAAGAGUUGGAGACAGCCAUUGAAGUGAAAGACAAUGAAGUUUUGAGAGCUUUAAUUGCUUCCAAGAAAAGAAUUGAUGAAGAGGCUAAUCUGAAAAGUAUUAAAUGUCAGUUUAGUUCUUCACCAAUCAAUGAUUUUUCACCAGAAGAUUGCAUGGAUCAACCAGCUGUACCCAUAUCUAAAUCAGAUCAGAUUGGGAACUUGAACAAUGGCCUGCUUUCUUCCAAGACAGCAGGAAAUUCGAAUUCCAUCAAAUAUACGAGUGUAAAUUACAGCAAAAGCAAUGUUAAUGUUGUGGCUCUAGAUCAAGAUAUAGAUUCUUACCUUCUAAUAGACGAAGAUGUUUUAGAAAUUUCUGCAGCUAUGCAUGAGCUUCCAGAUCCUUAUUUGAAACCUAAAUCCACCAAGGCUGUGGCUGUUCAGAACUCCAGCAUAUUAGUUCCUGGGGCAGCCUCUGAUAUCAGCAGAAAACCUUUAGCACAAGGACCAGGUAACAGCAUUGGACUUUCAGGUUCAAGGACUAGUACCGAGAAAGAUAUGUAUGAUGCUCCUGUUGCUGCUGAAGACAAGCAUGUAAAGUUACUUGUAGAUGACAUUGAACAACUUCAACCUUUACCUCAGAUAAGAAAAGAGGCUCCUUUUCCAAUUCGAUUUGCCAAACCAGGAGAUAAAUGCUUUGCUCCUGGACUGAUUGGUCCUGAUGGAACACCCAGGUACUUAGGAAAAUGGUGCAAGCGGGACAAGGCCAACGGAUCAAAUCCAUCAUCUGUAGGCAUGCAAGGAUCAAGCACAAGCACUGGUGAUUUGAUUGCUGUUGGAGCUGAUGGGAAAGGUGGUAGAAUCAAAGUUCUGAGAUCUCACAAUCAGCCUUCAGUGGAUAGGAAGGAGACUUCCGCGUGGGCAAAGAGAUGCAAACUUGGAACCAAGACGAAUGGUUUGCAGUCUCAGGGGUGCUUGCAGAUAGAACAUUUUUUCUCAAAAACUGGUCGAUAAUCCAAUGUACAAAGGUCAGCAAUGUAGAGGGCAAUUUUUUUGAAUUUUGUUCCCCUAACAAAACUAUGAUGCUUUCCUUUUUCAUGAUUCUUAUAAUAGCAUCGGGAGCUCAUGAAUAUAAUCUCAAAACAGUCUUUACGAAUGGUUCUUAACAACAGUUCCCAAUCCUUUUUAAGAAUAAA